AUGAUGCGCGAGGAGGCGACCGCGAGGCCCAGCGUCGGCUUUGGGUUCCUCUGGAAGUUUCCGAGCGAAGGCUCCAACAGCGCCGACGCCGACGCGUCCUUCCCACACCGAUGCGAUAGCUGCGGCGACGCCUGGGUCACAUCGCUGGACGAUCUCAAGCGCCACGCCGCGACGUGUCGUGGCGCCCGCCGUCCGCGCCGCCUCGAGCUAGGCGCGCCUCGUCCAUACUGGUGCGAGAUUGCUGCCACAAGCCUCGAGUGGCGCGAGGCCGCGCACGCGCUGCAGGACGAGCACAACCAAGUGCCGUUUACGACGGUCGUGCGGGUCGCGCCGCUCGACGACGACUGCUUCCAGGUCGUCACGCUGCAGAGCUGCAUCACGUUUCGCGCAGAGUCGCAAGACGAGCGCAACGCGUGGCUGAGCGCGCUCGGCGAAGCCAUCUUCUGCCUCGGCGCGCCGCCGGGUGCCGAGGCGACAGAAGCCGUUGGCGCCUGCCUCCGAAGGGGCGGCGACGUCGACGAGCUGGAAGCGAUCUUGCAGUCGCACCCGGCCGCCAUCACCAACACCGACACCGACGGCAACUCGAUGCUGCUGGUCGCCUGCAAGCUGGGUGCUCCCAUCGAGGUGUUCCGCCUCCUGCUGCACUAUGGUGCCGACGCUUACGCAGUCAACGCCAAGGGGGAGGCGCCGAUGUUACUGCUGAGUGCGGCGGGCGAGACGGCCAUCGUGCGGCUCUUCCUUCUCGACUUUGACGUCGACGUGCACACGCGGUAUGGCGGUGGCGUCUCGGCGGUGCUGGCGGCGGCGGCCAUGGGUGAAACCAAGAUGCUGCAAUUGCUCUUCGAGCUCGGCGCUAACCUCUUGGACGUGGAUGACCGAGGGUACUCGACGCUUCACUGCGCCAGCACGUACUGCUACGGCCUCGACACAGUCUCGUAUCUCUGUGGUGUGGCGCCGAGCCUCAUCGACUGGCCUGCCAGUGACGGAAGCACGGGGCUUCUCCUCGCGGUGCAGCACGGGCUCCUGGAAAUUGCCAAGGUGCUCUUGGACCACCAGGCCAACCCGCGUAUCGCCGACAUGCAAGGGGUCACAGCCGACGCUUUAGCCCGCGCUGCCGGUCAUUGGGACCUCCUCGCCCUCAUGACCCCGCCGCCGGAGAACCCGUGGAUCGAGUGCCAAACGGACGAAGGCGACGUUUUCUACUACAACUCGGUGACGGGCGAGUCGAGCUGGUACCUUCCAGGCCCACCUAUCGUGGACGAAGACGAAAUAGCAGUCAAGUCGACGCCAGUGUGCCUCCUGCCGCUCGUGUCGCCUCUCAACGCACUCGACGACCCAGACGCGGCGGCAAAGGAGCUCGUCCGACGCAAGAAGGAGCGUCAGCAGCGUCGACGGCGAAAGCAGGCAUCUUAA